GCACAGAACAGGUUUCGUGUUCUCAUUGAACAAUGCGAUUCGCUCUUGUACUCGCGGCCCUAGUGGCCACAGUGGCCGCCAUCCCUACGCCCCUCAAGAUUCACGCUGCUGACCAGGACUUACUGAAGAAGCAGCAGGAUAUCAUCAACCUCUUGGACCAGAUCCUCCAGCCAAUCCCCAACCAACAAUACCAGCAACUCGGUCUGAACUACGAAAUCGAGCAACACGUCCAGGAAUACACUGAACCCGAGCUCGUCAAGUACUACCUGACACUCGUGAAAUUGGGUGAGAUCCAGCCAAAAGGAACGCCCUUCUCAGUCUCCGUGCAAACCCUCCGCAAAGAAGUUGCCAUUCUCACGAGAAUUCUCAUCGGUGCCAAGAACUACGACACCUUCAUCAAGACCGCCGCCUGGGCUCGUGUGACCGUCAAUGAGGAGCAAUUCGUCAAGGCCUUGAUCGCUGCUGUUCUUGUCCGCCCAGACACCCAGGGAAUCGUACCACCAGCACUCUACGAAAUCCUGCCCCAGCAUUACAUCGACAGCAGAGUCAUCCAGCAUGCACAACACGUCGUUAACAACCCACUCACCAAACAAUCUGUCAUCAUCAAUGUCAACUACACUGACACCCUGCCAACUGCUGAGCAAUACCUGAGCUACUUCACCCACGAUAUCGGUCUUUCCCUGUACAACGCCUACAUUGGUCUCGCUGGAUUGAUAACUCCAGAACAGAAAAUCCACGGCGUCCAGGACGAGCAGACCCACGGUCACAUUGGACGUGGUUCAAUCUACUACUACCUCAACCGUCAGCUCCUCGGUCACUACAACCUCGCCCGCCUGUCCAACUCUCUCGGCCCCAUCAAGGACCUGAACCUCGAGCAGCCAGGAGUCUCCUACCAGCCCCAUCUUGUCCACAUCAAUGGUCUUUCCUACCCAGGUCGCAGCAGCCAGCUCAACCUCCUGCCAAAACAACACCAACUCAUCAAGAAGGUCCAGACACUCGAGAAGAGGCUCAUCCAAGCCAUCGACGCCGGCCACGUAAUCACUCCCCAGCAGUCCUUCCUGUCUCUCUACCAGCCCCAGGGUCUCAACAUCCUCGGAGAGUUGAUCGAGGGUGUCGGCAAGAGCGUCAACCCCAGGUACUACGGUAGCCUCCAGGCAGCAGCUCGUCAACUUCUCGGCAACGUGCCAGACUUCCACAGCAUCUGGGAUUACACUCCAUCAGUUCUCGAGCAGGCCGAGACCGCUGUCCGUGACCCCGUCUUCUUCUCCCUCUGCAAACGCAUCAUCAACCUCUUCCAGCACUACCAGAACGGUCUUCCAGCAUGGCAAUACAACGACAUUGUCCUUCCAAGUGUCAAGAUUGAGAACGUUGUCUUCCCCGACCUUGUCACCUACUUCGAGCAGUACCAAAUCAGCUUGAACAAUGCCGUUAACCAACCCCGCACAGUCGAGCAACAGAACGUCAACGUCAAAGCCCAAGUACCAAGACUGAACCACAAACCCUACGAAUACAAAAUCGUCGUGAACGCUGAGCAGGCAAUCCAGAACGCCGUUGUCCGCGUCUACCUUGGACCGAAAUUGGACAACAACGGAAAAAUCGUCGACAUCAACACCCACCGCCAGAGCUUCGUAGAACUCGACCAAUUUGUUCAUCAGCUCCAACAGGGCCAGAACGUCAUCGUCAGGGACUCCCAACAGGCACCUCACCUCAGCUACGAUUACCCAUCAAUCAACAACCUGAAGGUACACCUCGAGAGCGCAAUCCGCAGCCAGAACCCCUACUACGUCCAUGAGCCACACCAGAUCUUCGGUUUCCCAGCUAGGCUGUCCAUCCCUAAGGGACAAUACGGUGGUCUUCCACUCCAGGUCCUCGUGGUCAUCACUACUCCUGAACCGACUCAAAUCCCAUACGGACCCGUCGUCACCCCUGACUUGCAGAACUACCAGACUGUUCACUACAAGGUUGUCAGUGUCAACGAGUACCCACAGGUGAUCCAGGAGCACGUACCAUUGGGCACCCAACAGACGGUCGAUGUCGUACCCGUCCAGACAUCUCAGGUUGGAUUGAGCGGACAACAGAUUGAAAAACUGAAGUACUACUACGGAAACUACCUCUACAAGAAGUACCCCACGAGCUACCCCUUCCCCGCUAUGAUCCACAAGGGCCAGGCUGGAGUAUUGCCCACUGAACAGGUACAGUACUACGGACAACAGACCACCCCAUUGGGCGGAGGCAUUGGACAGAUGACAUACGGCCAGGGUAACACAGUCCAGGGACUGCGUCAAGGCGUUCACCAGGGUGUACAUCAGACCGGCCUUCACCAGGGCGUCCAGGGUGGAAUCCUCGGACAAGGUAUCCGCAAUGUCUACCCAGGAGUCCAAGGAGUCGAAGGAGUCCAGGGAGUCCAGGGAGUCCAGGGAGUCCAGGGAGUCCAGGGAGUGCAGGGACUCCAAGGAGUACAGGGAGUCCAGGGUGUCUACCAGCAACAGCUGUCACAGGGUGUCUACCAGCAGGAGAACAUCCAGAAUGUUGAGGGUGUUUACAACCAGCGCCAGCACAAUGUCGAAUACUUGAAGAAAUACUACCAGGGUAAACACAUCAGCAACGUCAUCGGUGGUGCUGUAUCCCUUGACAACAAACCCUUGGGAUGGCCCUUGGACAGACCACUCGCCAAGAGUGCUCUCUUCGUACCCAACAUCUUCGUCACCGGUGUCAUGGUUUACCACGUAGACCAAGUAGACAUUCCCUACACGCAAUAAGCUAUUAUGGAAUGAUUAAUUAUUUUUCUUUUCAUUGAUUUCUCUAAUGCUGUUUUUGUAAUGAUGGGACUGUAAAAGUCGAAAUAUUGAAAUUAAUAAAUUCUCUUCAAGGCAA